AAUAUCUCGAGUUUGUGAGAGAGCAAGAAGUCGAAGGCACCGACUCUUCUCAGCGAUAGCGGAAGGUCGAAGGGGAGAGAUCAAGGUUUUCCAGUCUGGUUUCCAUAUAUACAUGGCGGGGAACUUCUUGAGUUGUUCAAAGCCGCGAAGAAGGCUACGGACGCUGCUGCAGCAGAGAGGGAUUCGUUCGAGGUAUGCGUUUUUUAUCGAUACUCAGGUUGGAAAACGUGUUCGCCUACUCACAAAACAUCCUAGACAGAAGAUCCAGGCUAUGGCAUCUGAUUUGAUUGAGAUAUGGAAAAGAGUAGUUAUUGAGGAAACAACUAAAAACAAGAAAAAUGGAUGCUCAGAUAACAAAGAUUCUAUGAAGCCUGAUGUUGCAAAGGCAGAGACCGUCAAGGUUGAGAAGGUGCAAAAGGCACCAGACUCUGUACGGGUCGAGAAGGUUUCAAGGGUUGAAAAUGUAAAGGUUGAGAAAAUUUCGAGGUUGGAAACUGUCAAAGUUGAAAAACAUGGUGAUGCCGAGCCUCUUAAGAUUGAAAAGGUACCCAAGGAGGAGAAACAAGCUUUUGGUAGUAAAAGACCAUUGCAAACUCCUAAUGGCCCUCCUACUUGUAUUAGGUGGAAUGAAUGGUUAUAUUUUACCACAAAUGGAUUUAUUGGUAUAUGGAUGAUUAUGACUACAUGGAAUGAAUAGGUUGAACUAUUGGCAUUGAUGAACUAAUUACAGGUUAAAGAUAAAUUCAAAUGA